ACUGCACUAACGCAGUAAAACCAGCGCGCGCAGGAGUUAAUAGCCUCUGUGUGUCUCUCUCCACAUGCGGGCGUGUGGUGUCCAUUGAGCUUCUAGUUACUUCCUAGCUAGUGCUACUUGGUUAUUGCCUCCGACGUCCGUCGUCUUCUUCCCCCCCCCCCCCCCCCCCCCCCCCGCGCCGCCGCGCAGGUACGAGCACGAGGCCGUCGGUUUCCUGUAAUCGCGCGCUAAUACGGCGCAGAUAAUUGAACGGGCAGCGAGACAUGACGGCGACGCCUUCUUUGAUCGGGCUGAGCGCAGGCAACCGCCUUCUGAGCACGUCCUUCGGGCCGCCCAAUGACCUGCUCUCCGACAAGGUCAACAGCCACAUGACCAGCGCGGCGGGAGACGCCCACGGCUCCUCCUCGCUGCAGUUCGCGCCACCGGCCGCAUCGAAGCUCACCGUCGCCGCGCACAGGCUCAAGCUCUCCCCACAUGGCCGCGCGCAGGUCAUGCGUGCCCUCAGGCAGAGCGCGCUCGCGCCGCAGCCUCCACCACUGUUGCUCGCCGACGAGUUCUCUCUCGAUGCCAUUAUCCUGCUGCAGAGGUCCAUGCUCGAGAAGCAGUGGAAGCUCCCCUUCGAGGACGACGACGGCGGCGGCGAUGGCCACCAUGGGGAUGACAUUGAUUCGGCCGAGGACGAUGACGACAAGAGCAGGAGCAGCUCCGUCGUCGUGGCGCGCUCCGGCGUCUCGGCGAGGCAGCGGCGGAUGAGCGGCCGGAGGCGCGGGAGGUCCAAGAAAGGCAGCGGCGCCGUGCACCUGAGCAUCAGCCCCGAGCUGCUGCAGAGCAGAAACCGCAUAUACCUCCGCGGCACCGUCAGCAAGGAGCUCCUCACGCACAAGCAGGUUGUCCACCUCUCCAAGAAGAUCAAGGACGGGAUAUGGCUGCAGCAGCAAAGAUCAAAGCUGACAGAAAUACUGGGGAAUGAGCCGUCCUACAAGCAGAUGGCCCAAUCACUUCGGAUAUCGACACCGGAGCUGCGGUCAAGAAUGCGCGAGUCGUUCCUCGCGAGGGAGGUGCUAACGAUGAGCAACAUCCGUUUGGUCAUAUCCAUCGCCCAGAAGUAUGACAAGUUGGGGGUUGAGCUGUCCGACCUGAUUCAGGGUGGUCUCAUAGGGCUACUCCGCGGGAUUGAAAAGUUCGAUGCAUCCAGGGGGUUCAGAAUUUCCACUUACGUAUACUGGUGGAUUCGUCAGGGUGUUUCAAGGGCACUCGCGGACAACUCGAAAACAUUCAGGCUCCCUACUUACAUGCAUGAGAGGCUGAUUGCGAUUCGUGCUGCAAAGUACGCAUUGGAGGACCAAGGGGUUUCUCCGACAACACAAAACAUCGCAGAGUUGCUCAAUAUAUCGGAAAAGAAAGUACACAAUGCUACAGAGGCUGUCAACAAGGCUCUUUCGUUGGAUCAACAGGCAUUCCCCUCCUUAAAUGGCCUACCUGGAGAUACACUCCAUAGCUAUAUAGAGGAUCAAAAUGUUGCGAAUGAUCCAUGGCAUGGAUUUGAGGAGUGGUAUCUAAAGGAGGAAGUCAACAACCUUCUAAUCUCAAAUCUAACUGAACGUGAGAGGCACAUCAUUCGGUUAUAUCAUGGUAUAGGAAAACAAUGCCAUACAUGGGAGGAUAUUAGCAGACAGUUCGGGCUUUCCAGGGAGAGGGUGAGGCAAGUAGGGCUUAUCGCAAUGGAGAAGCUGAAGCAUGCUGCGAGGCGGAAAAAGCUGGAUGCGUUGCUCCAGGAUUACUGAGCUGAGGUGUUUUCCAUGUUGUGCUGGGGCUAAAUCCAGACACACAGUGGUUGUAUAUAGUCGAAUCCAGACACACAGUGGUAGUAUAUAGUCGAAAAGAGAGAGUGACACAUAGGUUACAUCAUUGAAUGGCUUCUACUGCCACUCGUCUGCAGAUAAUCAUACCUAUACAUUUUGUGACAACAGGCAUGCAUGAUCAACGUCUCAAUGCCACAUUUUCCCUGGAA